AUGAGUGAGGCAAAUUAUUCUCGGGUGACCGAAUUUGUGUUGCUGGGAUUCUCCAGCUCCAAGGAGCUGCAGCCCUUACUGUUUGUCAUAUUUUCACUACUCUACCUGGCAAUACUGCUGGGCAACUUUCUCAUCAUCCUCACUGUGACUUCAGAUUCGCGUCUGCACACCCCCAUGUAUUUCCUGCUUGCCAACCUCUCUUUCAUAGAUAUGUGUGUUGCCUCAUUUGCUACCCCCAAAAUGCUUGUGGACUUACUGGUGGAAAGCAAGACCAUUUCUUUUGAAGCUUGCAUGACUCAGAUUUUCUGUGUUCAUUUAUUUGCUGGCGGUGAAAUGGUGCUUCUUGUGUCUAUGGCUUAUGACCGCUAUGUGGCUAUAUGCAAACCUCUCCACUACAUGACGAUCAUGAGUCGCCGCGUGUGUAUUAUUCUCGUCCUCAUUCCAUGGUUGGUCGGUUUAGUGCAUACUCUCAGCCAGUUGGCAUUUACUGUUAACUUGCCGUUCUGUGGCCCGAAUGAGGUCGAUAGCUUUUUCUGUGACCUCCCUUUAGUGACCAAGCUGGCCUGCAUAGACACUUAUGUUAUCAGCAUACUCAUCGUUGCUGACAGUGGCUUCCUCUCUAUGAGUACCUUCCUCUUCUUGGUUGUCUCCUACACUGUGAUACUUAUCACAGUUAGGAAUCGCUCCUCAGCCAGCAUGGCAAAGGCUCGCUCCACGCUGACUGCCCACAUUACUGUGGUCAUACUCUUCUUUGGACCGUGCAUUUUCAUCUAUGUGUGGCCCUUCAGUGGCUAUUCAGUUGACAAAGUCCUUGCUGUGUUCUACACCAUCUUUACUCCCAUUUUGAACCCUGCCAUCUAUACUCUUAGGAACAAAGAAAUGAAGUCAGCUAUGUCAAAACUGAAGAGUCGGUAUCUAAAGCCUGGCCAGGUUUCCGCAGUCAUAAGAAAUGUUCUUUUUCUGGAAGCAAAGUAA